AUACAGACUGUUUCUACAAGCAUUUGUGAAAGACUGUGCAAUAAGUCCAUCUGUGAAAUUUCCUUGCUACUAAAUAUUUCACGGUCAACUGUUAGUGGUAUUAUAGCAAAGUGGAAGCAACUGAGAACAACAGCAACUCAGCCACAAAGUGGUAGGCCACAUAAAAUGACAGAGUGGGGUCAGGGCAUGCUGAAGUACAGAGUGCGCAGAAGUCACCAACUAUCUGCUGAGUCAAUAGCUAAAGACCUCCAAACUUCAUGUGGCCUUCAGAUUAUCACAACAACAAAGUGUAGAGAGCUUCAUGGAAUGGGUUUCCAUGGCCGA